GAUAGGCCAGACUUCAUUCUUGUUAAUGAAUACCAGGCCAAAAGAUGGUUUGGGAAGGCACAGGCCCUAGGGAGGAAGCUAAUGGUGUAGUCGCAAGACUACUAAAUGGACAUGUUCUCAAACUGCUUUCUGAAUAUUUAUGGUUACUCACAAGGAACUGAACUUUACAAGUUAGUCGAGAUUACCAUGGAGGGUGGUUUUCCUUCAGAGCUUCUACAUGGCGGCUCUUUCACAAGAACAACCUGUGUUUUAACUUCAGGUUUCCUAGAGCACACACGAUCCAUCUUUGGUGAUUCUUUUUCGAUGGGACUGUCACCUUGAGUAUUCUUUUGUUCCAUCAAUGUAUCUCCACUACUGUCCUCAGGAGCAAGUUCUGGAUGCGCAGAUUCUCCAUCAAGUGUCUUCAUUGCUGAGUCUGGAGGUUCGUUCUAUAGAGGAGAACGUAUUAGAAUGGCUCCUCCUGCUUGCUUCCUGGGUCCAUUUGCUUGGAAAACCAUCUUCCAGCCCUUUACUCUCAGAGGUCCGUGGUUCCACAGAGCAGCGCACAACCCUCGGCAGCUCCAGUUCCAGGAGACCUUAUGCCUUCUUCUGGCCUCUUUGGGAGCUGUAAACAUGUGCUGCACAGACAUACAUAGUCCCACUAUGAAGACCUGGAACUUGAUAUGUAGGCCCAGCUGGCUUUGAAUACACAGAGAUCUGCUUGCCUGUGCUCCCAUGUGUUGGAAUAAAAGACAUGCACCACAAUCCAUGACAGAACUUGCUAAAUAUUUGUAAUAGAUGGAGGAGAAGCUAUACUCAUAGACAUGAAUUUCAGCCCUAUGGUAAUAACCUAAUUAAUCGUUUUAUUUUUAGACAGGCUGCAAGGUAGGUUCCGGUCCACAAUUCAGAUCUCAGAGCCCAGUAAAACAUGCCUCAUUGGAUGAACAUCCAAGGAGUCCUGCACAUUAACCUAAGUUUCCAUUUGCUUUUCUCUCUCUCCAGCUGGGAGAGAAGUAUAUUCUAUACUCUUCUGCUCUGACUGGGUUCCACGCUGUUGCGCAGCCUGUGCAGAAUGCUGAGGAAAUGAUGGUCAGGAGGAUGCCAUGUUUCCCCCAGACGCACUUUUGUGUGAAUUCAGUGAGCAAAGCUGUUGCUGGAAACCCGCAGUGCCUGUAAUUCAGGAACUGUCGAGCCUCAACACAUUCAUUUAUAAAGGAAGUGAAUCCAAAAGCAAAGUGAGGAGCAAAAGCCCAAGCUUGGACACUGCACUCAGUAUGAUGGUGAAAAGGGAAGCCCCAUGGCCUUCCACGUCAUUAGCAAAAAUAUAAACUGGCCUUUACUAGACAUCUAGAAGUUGAUUAAAGGCCAGAGCAUGCCAGAGUAUGCAUCCAAAGCUCCUGCCACCAUGGAAAGUGCUCGAUGAUUAGAGGGAAUGUCCUGAGCCAACAAACUCUGAACGUUCCAGUCUCUUGUGUGUGGAGAAAAGGGUAAACAAUGUGGGGCUGUCUGAGGAUGAGGUUCUGUCUCUAAUAACCACCGAGUAGAGACUACAGCUUUCUUUAGAAGAUCAGUGGAGGUCCAGCCAGACUUCACAAAGUGGGGUUAGGAGAUGUGCCAGCACCAAAGGCAUUGCUCUAAGUCAGGCUGGGCGCUCACUUUACAGGCUGCAGAGAAGCACUUAGGAAAAACUCUAGUGAGGAAGUACACACACAAGCCAGAGCAGGCAUGAGGGGCACCUGUCCCACCCCCUACUUCAUCACAGUCUACCCUAGCACCCUGAAGACUUACAAAAUGACAGAACCCCAAGAAGUCCUCCUACUUCUCCUGGCAGCCCAUGGAGAUGAAAAGGCAGACCAUAACCAGCCUGGAAGGCAAAGAUCCAGAUUCUACUCUACUCUCCCCUAAGUGUGCCUCUUGUGCCCUCCCUGAACCCUAGGUUCCAGGAGGGCUAGUUGGACUGUGUCUUUCAGAUGUUGUGAUCCCAACCCAGGAAAGAGGAAUGUGAAUCUGACUUGGAAAUAGGAUCUUGUAGAGGUCAGAAGUUGAGGCCAUAAUGGAGUUUAUUGACCCUCCUUGUGGACAAACAGGCUAAGGAAGCCUCUGCCUGUGUAAGGAUAUUCCAAAGACCCAAGUAGGAAUACCAGGGAACUCAGGGCUUUUGAGUUCAGGAGUAACGCCAACAAACACUUCCCAUUUUUAUUAAGCAGCUUGUGAUGGCUAGUCUUGGUUGUCCAUUUGACUACAUUUGGAAUUUCCUAAAACACAAAUAUUGGGCACACCUGUGAGGGAUUUUGUUGUUGUUGUUAAUUGAAUAACGUGAAGCAGGAACACCCUAUUCUAACCUGGAUCUUUGAGGUGGGAAGAUAAACCUUUAAAUUAGACCUUUAGAGAUGUGAAGACUUGACUUUAAUCUGGGUCAUAUCAUCUGUGUUGUCAAUAAAACAACCAGCCCCAAUGCUGUGCAAAAGAGAGGAUAGGGUGAAACAUCCUGGUCGGGGAGGAAGAGCAGAGUCAGCUGGAUAAGACUAGGAGCCACGUGGUGGGAUGAACCGGAACUAAGUAUGACUAAAAGCAAGUAUAAUGGGUGAAAUCUGAAUGGUAGGGAGCUAUGUAGGUUUGGAGGUUUAGGAUGGAAUAACUCUUCCCCAGCAUUGUGCUUUAGGUUAAUUAAAUAAAUCCCAGUCUGUGUGUUGAUUUGGGUAUACAGCUGGUUUAGGACUAACUGCUGCUUAACCAAAAGAUCUAUCAAUAGUAAAUAUUAAUGCCCACAACACCUCAUCCUUAUAACUCACAACCUGUGUCAAUGCUCACAGGAAAACCCUUCCCCUCACUUCCCUGUCUUCCUGACUGCAGCUAAGAGCUUCAGAGUCCAGGAGCUGUGGUUAGGAAACUCUGAGACAACAGCUACAUUUUCCUCUCUUCCGUUUUGCGUCACCACUGCUGAGAAUCUGGCAGACUGUUUUGAACCUGUUCUUCAGAAACUUGUUUGGCAGUGUUUGGGGAUAUGAGAUCAAGGCAGAAAUACCAAUUGCGUGUCUCUAUAAUGUCUAAUUUUAGAUACCAUUCUAAAUAUUAUCCCCAAAGAAAGAAAACAUCAGGGUGGAAUUUUAGGACAGAAGUGUAACAGCCUUCUCAUACUGUCUGAGCCUGCAGGAUUUUCAAAAGCAAGCACACAGUCAAAACUUGAGGAACAUAAUUUUUUAAUUAAGCACUAGAAAAGACUAGGAAUAACAAAAACAGGUUUUUGUAAUCUUUGUCUUUCUAGGAAUCCAAGCAAAUCAAAUUUUAAAAAGGGACCUGACACAAACACUUUAAUUUUAGGGGACAGGAAUGAAUUGAGAGAGUGACUGAUGGGCAGCAACUAUAAAAUGCUGAAAGAUGCAAAGAAAAGAAUGUAAGCGUUCUGAGUAACAUGCCAGCAUCCAGCAGGCAAAGGCCCUUCACAGGGUGCGACCACAGGGUCUCAGGACAUGCAAUGACUUGGCCUUCUGAGCUGGUGGGCACAGGGGAGCUGUAAGGAUCUGAAGGUCAUCACCUCCCCUCAGUGCUUGGCCAUUGGAGGCCAGACAGGUAGGCCUGCUCCAGAGCCACAGCCGACAGGGCUUUGCAGGUAAACUGCGCCAGGUAGGCUGGGUUCCUGUCACUGGAGUCAGAGGCAGGCACGUGCAGCAUGCCGUUUCUGAGCGCAUGCUCUCCUUGUUGCUAGGCUACAGAGAGAAAUUCUGUUCAAACUGAACCGCAGACCUACCCUGGCAGGACGCUCCAGUGGCUGUGGCUUGGUGGCAGUAUUUGUCUCUGUUUCUAAGUUUUAGUGUGAGGUUUGGGAGGAAGAGGGUGGCAGAAGGGGAGGGCAGGGAGAGCAAGGAGGGCGGCAAGGGCCUGGGUGGUCCUGGGCCUUGAUCAUGCAGGAGGGCACCAAUCAUGACAGCAAGACUCAGACACCAAGUGCCUCGGUGUGGCGACAGUUCUGUGCCCGUCUGCGGUCCUUCUGCCUGGGCUAUGGGUGCCUUGGUUACCAAGAGCGCGAAUGUUCUGACUCCUUCGUCCCAUAUGUACCUGUUGGGCCGUUCCAAAGGGCAGCCAGUGUGGGUGAUUGGUCUGCAGUGGAGAACUUCAUCACCUGGCAUGGAUGCGAAGUGGAUAAAGAGGACAGGAGGAACAGGACUCCACUGCACUAUGCAUCUGUUUUUAACCAGCCAGGUAUGAUACGGCUGUUAAUCAAAAAAAGCUGCAAUGUUAAUGUCCAGGAUGAUGAAGGCUGCACCCCCUUGAUUAAGGCUGUAGAGAUGAACAACGUGAAAUGUGUUUCAGUGUUGCUGAAGCAUGGUGCUAAUCCACACAUUAAAGAUUUAAAUGGAAAUACAGCCUUGCACUAUGCUGCAUAUAAUGGAAACAAAGCAAUUGUCUCCCAACUGCUUAACUACAAUGCAGAUAUUAACGCCAAAACAAAGGAAGGCUUCACACCAUUUUCCCUUGCUGUAUCUGAAAAUAAAGAGAAGAUGGCACAGUUUUUAAAAGCGAGGGGUGCAAAUGAACACGGAGUCAGUGAGUCUGAUAGUGAAAUGUCACUCUGGGAAGAGUCAAAGUCAAUGCUUAACAUGACUACACAGAUCAGCACAGAAUUGGAUGCCAGUACUGAAAACACAUCAUCUCGGGUUUCUAUUUGUAGACCUGGCUGUCUUGGAACUCACUCUGGAAAUCAGGAUGACUCCAAACUCAAAGAGAUCCACCUGCCUCUUCUUCCCAAGUGCUGGGAUUAAAGCGGUGCAGGACAACUGCUGGGCCCUAGCUUGCUCUUUCGUUUUAUAACUGUACUACUCUUUAAAUUUUUACCUUUUCUUUAAUGACGUUUUCCAUUUCUGAAAGCUGAGUGUCCAUUUUCUCCUGAAGAAAGAUAAAAUCCUACAAUUCCAGGAUUUUAAAGACUAUUAGACAUAUAAACCUGAGGUUCUAACAUUAAAGUAACAAAUGCAUCUACAGUAAAAGGCAGAAGUGAACAGUGAUACUUUGAUUUCUUCUUUUCUGAACUGAAUCCCUUGAUCUCCUUUAAUUGUCCUAUUGCUCUAGCAAGGACUUCAAGUACUAUGUUAAAGAGAUAUGAGAGAGUGGGCAGCCUUGCCUUGUCCCUGAUUUCAGCAUGCAAAUGGUGGGAUCUAGAAAAUAUCAUCCUGAGUGAGUUAUCCCAGAAGCAGAAAGACACACAUGGCAUAUACUCACUUAUAAGUGGAUAUUAGACAUAUAAUAUAGGAUAAUCAUACUAAAACCUAAGGAAGCUAAUCAAGAAGGACAACUCUGGGUUAGAUGCUUAGUCUUCAUCCAGAAAGGCAAAUGGGACAGACAUCAGAAGAGGGAGUAAAUAGAGAACAGGAUAGGAGCCUAUCACAAAGGGCCCCUGAAAGACUCUUCCCAGCAGGGUAUCAAUACAUAUGCUGAGACUCAUAGCUGAACUUUGGGCAGAGUGCAGGGAAUCUUAUGAAAUAAGGGGGAGAUAGAAAGACUUGGAGGGUACAGGAGCUUCACAAGGAGAGCAACAGAACCAAAAAAUCUGAGCACAGGGGUCUUUUAUGAGACUGAUACCUCAAACAAGGACCAUGCAUGGAAAUAACCUAGAUAGAACCCCUGCACAGAUGUAGCCCAUGACAGCUCAGUGUUCAAGAGGGUUCCCCAGUAAUAGGAACAGGGACCAUCUCUAGCAUGAACUUAUGGGAUGGCUCUUUGAUCACCUCAACCUGAGAGGGGAGAAGCCUUACCAAUCCACAGAGGAAGACAAUGCAGCCAGCCCUUAUGAGACCUGAUAAACUAGGGUCAGAUGGAAGGGGAGGAGGACCUCCCCUAUCAUUGGACUGCGGGAGGGGCA